CGAAGGCUUCCAUGUGUUUCUCUAUCGAUUUCAAAGUUCAGUUGGUGAACAGGAAAAGAAGUGCAACAACAACACGAAAUACUUGUUGGACACGAUGGCUUUUUACAGCCGAGCUUCAGGGUCUGUUGGCAUGAUAACUCUGCAGAAUCCUCCCGUCAAUGCACUGAGUGCAGCGGUGAGGCAAGGCAUUGUUGACAUGAUGCACAAAGCGCUCAGUGAGCCAGAGGUGAAGUCUGUGGUAAUCUGUGGCCAGAAUGGAACAUUUUGUGGAGGAGCAGACAUCAGAGAGUUUGGGACCAAGGUGACCGGGCCCCCUCUGGUGCCAAUGGUCCAUCUGAUCGAGGCAGCAUCCAAACCAGUAGUGGCAGCCAUAGAGGGGGUCGCUUUAGGCGGAGGCCUCGAGUUGGCUCUCUCUUGUCACUAUCGUGUCGCCCACUCUAAGGCCAGACUGGGAUUUCCAGAGGUGGCUUUGGGUCUGCUGCCAGGUGCAGGAGGAACUCAGCGUCUGCCGAGGCUCAUUGGAGUCCCGGCUGCCUUGGAUCUCAUCACCACAGGCCGCCAUGUGACUGCAGCUGAGGCUCAGCAGCUUGGAAUCGUUGAUGAAGUGACGGAUCUUAACGCUGUGGAUGCAGCUGUCAAGUUUGCUCAAAGUGUGGCAGGCAAAUCUUUGGAUGCGCGCCGCAUCAGCACCUAUCCAUGUCCACGUCCCCCCGAUUUGGAUACGAUUUUUGAAAGGGCGAUGCAGCAGGUGCAGCGUAGAGCUCGAGGAGCCAUAGCACCGGGUACUUGUGUCCAAGCAGUUCACGCUGCUGUCACUCUGCCCUACGCUAAGGGAAUUGAGCGAGAGCAGGAGCUGUUUUUCGUACUCUUCAACUCAGGUCAGGCCCGCGCUCUACAGUACUACUUCUUUGCCCAGAGAGCCGUCGGCAGGUGGAGCAUGGCCGGCGGAGCCCGCUGGGACACCAGCAAGCCCAGGCCUGUGCGUAAAGCAGCUGUCAUCGGGCUUGGCACCAUGGGACGGGGUAUAACCGUGUCCCUGGCCCAGGCAGGGUUCUCUGUGGUUGCUGUGGAGACCCAGGAGAAACAGCUGUCGGAGGCAAAGCAGGCGGUGUCUGGCAUGGUGGAGAGGGGGGCCAAGAGACGAGGGGUGCCCCUGGCACACGAUAAAAUCAAAUACAGCUGCAACGUCCAGGCUGUGGCAGAUGUUGACCUAGUCAUUGAAGCUGUGUUUGAGGACAUGGCUCUGAAGAAAACCAUCUUCCAGCAGCUGUCGGCCAUAUGCAAACCAGGCGCACUCCUGUGCACAAACACCUCUGCGCUCGACAUAGACGAGCUGGCUUCUCAAACCCAGAGUCCAAAACUGGUUGUCGGGAUGCACUUCUUCGCGCCAGCUCACGUCAUGCAGCUGCUGGAGGUGGUCUACGGGCCGCGGUCGUCCCCCGAAGCCGUGGCCACCGCCAUGCAGAUGGGGAAGAAGAUGGGAAAAGUCAGUGUUGCAGUUGGAAACUGUCGGGGAUUUGUCGGAAACCGUAUGCUGAAGCUGUACUUGGAACAAUCGUUCUUCCUGUUGGAAGAGGGAGCCACACCUGAGCAGGUGGACCAGGUGCUGGAAGAGUUCGGGUUUGCCAUGGGGGUGUUCAAAGUGUCUGACCUCUCUGGACUGGACGUUGCCUGGAAGAUCAGAAAGGCUGAUGGCUUAGUUUCGCCUGCCUCUGCAGGAACAUCUGCUAGAAUCCGAGGCGGCAGAAGGUACAGUCCUCUGGGAGACCUGCUGUGUGAGCUGGGAAGGUUUGGUCAGAAAACAGGCAAAGGGUGGUAUCAGUACGACAAACCCGGCGGUCGUGUGGCUAAACCCGACCCUUGGCUGCACGGGUUUCUGGAGGAGUACCGAGCCCAGCACGGCCUGGUGGCACGUCGCAUCGACCACCAGGAGGUGCUGGAGCGCUGCCUCUAUACUCUGAUCAAUGAGGGCUUUCAGAUCCUCCAGGAUGGAAUCGCCGCAGGACCGGAAGACAUUGACGUCAUUUAUGUGCUCGGGUAUGGCUGGCCCCGACACCGUGGGGGUCCCAUGUUCUAUGCUGGCCAGGUGGGUCUAGACAAGAUUGUGGAGAGACUGGAGCACUACCAGCAGAUCCACCCUGAUAUUCCAGGUCUGCAGCCCUGCACAUUGCUCCGGAAGCUGGCAGCCACCGGCAACCCAGCGAUCCACAAAUGGAGGGAGGUCAUCCAGAAACCCCACAGCCAGCUUUAAACUUCAGCUUACCUCCAGCAGAUUUUUCUCAUUACAUUGCUAAUUAACCAAAUUAAUAUAUAUUUACUUUGCAAGUCCAUGUAGCUUUAAUUCAAUGCAUUAAAUCACUCUCAUCA